AGAUGGGCAACGGUGCUGCAAUCCCUGAUGGUCCUCCAAUAAGGAUUGUGCUGAUUGGGAAAACUGGUGUUGGGAAGAGUGCUGUUGGCAACACCAUCCUGGGGAAAACGUAUUUUAAGUCUAAUGUGAGCUCAGAGUCAGUGACGCAGACCUGUGAGUUUGAAAAUGUUCCAAACUGUGCAAGAAAGAUCACUGUGGUCGACACACCCGGCCUUCUGGAUACAUCUAAAACUACAGACAGUAUAAAAAAAGAGAUCGCAAAAUGCGUUCAGAUUACCACUCCGGGCCCUCAUGUCUUCCUGCUGGUCCUACAGAUUGGUAGGUUUACCAAAGAAGAGCAAAACUGUGUGGAUGCCCUGGAAAAACUGUUUGGAUCAAAGGCCUCAAACUACAUGAUUGUUGUGUUCACUCAUGGUGACAAACUGACUACACAGGGCAUAACAAUAGAAAAUUAUCUUAAAAAGGGCCAUAAGAAGGUUAGACAGUUGCUGAACAGAUGUGGUAACAGGUAUCAGGCAUUUGACAACAGUAACCUCAAGAACAGAGCUCAAGUUGUUGAGCUGAUCAAAAAAAUUGAUGAGAUGGUGGCAUCAAAUAAAGAAACUCACUACACUGAUGAAAUGUUUGAGGAGGCAGCAAGAAUUCUGGAGCUGAACAAGAAAAAAGAAACAGAACAACAGCUGACUAACAAUGUACCCUUCAUGUCUAAUGUCAGGAAAAAAGUUCUUUUGUUUCAGAACAUCUUGGCAAGGGAUGAAGCUGACUAGUACCACGUUGACCCUACCUACACUCAAACAUGGAACU